UGUUAGAGGGAUGCAUUCAAUAAACCUGGCAACCCUGGGGAACUAGAGCGGAUCAAAACUUGUCGUCAACACGCUCACGGUCGAAGUGGGACAGUCGUUUGAGUUCGGUCUUUCGAGCGCGGAUUAUCUGUUCAACGUUACACAACUGUCUGAAAGAGACAGUGGAUCCGAGGAGACGAAGAUAAAGAAAGAUGCCGCUUCUCCACAGAAAGCCGUUUGUCAGACAGAAACCUCCGGGCGACCUAAAGCCUGACGAAGAGGUGUUCCUAUGCCGAGUCACCCACGAAAUCUUCAGAAACUAUGAUGAGUUCUUUGAGCGCACUAUUCUGUGCAACAGCCUCGUGUGGAGCUGUGCCCUGACAGGUAAGCCUGGCCUGACCUACCUGGAGGCUGUAGAGAGCGAGAAGAAGGCCCGGCAGAACCUCCAGAACUUUCCAUCUUCACUGGUCCUCCCUCUGCUGCACCUGACCGCCCUCACACACCGCACACGCCUCCACGAGAUCUGCGACGAGGUGUACUCCUACGCCAAGGACAGGUUUUUCCCUGGGGAGAUGGUGGAUGUGAUACACAGAGGAGGAGCCAGACAGCCAUGUGAGAUCCUGGAGGUGCAGUCCCCGCACUCCAACUCUAACGGGGGCAUGAACGGUCACACAAAGCCCCCCUCAGACGGGGACGCCAUCGUCAUCAGUGACAGUGACGAGGAGAGCAGCGCCCUAAAGUCCCCCAAGUCACUGGCCAAUGGCCGUAAGAAGAAACCAAUCAACCCAGCAGUGAUAAAGUACAAAGUCCGUCCCAUUAAGACAGAAGGUUGUGAACCCAUUGUGACCAAGGCUGCUCAAAUGAGUCGCAAGAAGAACACACUGUCUCGGGAGAGGCUGAAGCUGCUCCUCAAACAGCACUGUGAACCUCAGAAUGGAGCCAUCGGCCUCAAGGCCUCCUCCAUAGCUAAGUACUGUCUGUCAGAGACGACCUUCUCCCAGUUUUUCCCAGAUGAACCACCCGUCUUUGUCUUCAGCCCACCCGCGAAGGGGCGGGGCAAACGGCCUGGAGAUGGCUCUCCUGGAGAGUUGGGACAUAGUCUCCUGAAGGCAGCAAAGGAGAAGCUUCAUCUAAUGCAGCAGAAAGAGGAAAUGGCUGUUGUCCAGGAGAAGGCCAAGUUGAAGAAGGAGAAAGAGGGUGCCUUGGAGGCCAAGAAGAGGGAGAAGGAGGACAAAGAGAAAAAGAAAGAAGAGCUGAAAAAGAUGUUUGAAGAGGAGAGGCAGCGGAGGAAGGAGGAGAAGGAUCGCAUGAAACUGGAGAAGGAAAAGGAGCGAGAGAAGCUGAAGGAGGAGAAGAAGAAGUAUGCAGAGCGUCUGAAGCUGUGGAACAAACCCAGAGAGGACAUGGAGUGUGAAGACCUGCAGGAGCUUCCCAGUCCGGUACCGGUGAAAACCCGCCUUCCAGCCGAGCUUUUUGGAGAUGCUCUCAUGGUUCUGGAGUUCCUCAAGUCCUUUGGAGAACUGUUCGACCUGAAGGAUGAGUUCCCGGACAGAGUCUCCUUAGAGGUUCUGGAGGAGGCACUGGUGGGUUCGGACCCCGAGGGGCCCCUGUGCGAGCUGCUCUUCUUCUUCCUGUCCGCCAUCUUCCAGGCUCUGGCGGAGGAGCAGGAGGAGGUGGCCAAAGACCAGGUGGCCGAGGCCGACACCAAAGAUCUUAGCGAGGCGCUGGAUGAUGAUUCAGAUCCCACCCAGUCAGCCAUCAGCGCUGUGGCCGCCCUUGCGGCUGCCUGGCCACAGCUACACCAAGGCUGCAGCCUGAAGCAGUUGGACCUGGACAGCUGCACCCUGUCAGAGAUCCUGAGGCUCCACCUCCUAGCCUCGGGCGCCGACUGCAACAACAGCAACGCCAAGUUCCGUUACCAGAAGCAGGGGGGCUUCAUCUCCAGCGACGACCCCUGUGUGGAGCUCCGACUGGCCAACCCUGCCAUUGUCAAGAGGCUGGCCUGCACUGCUGUCUACGACCUGCUGCCAGGCGAGAAGAUGAAGAUCCUGCACGCCCUGUGUGGGAAGCUGCUGACGCUGGUGUCCACCAGGGACUUCAUAGAGGACAGUGCUGAGGAGCAGAGGCAGGCCAAGCAGGAGCUCAGGGAGCUGAAGGCUGAGCAGCACCGCAGGGAGAGGGAGGAGGCUGCACACAGGGUGCGCAAGAGGAAGGAGGAGAAGCUGCGUGAGCAGGAGCUCAAGCUCAGGGAGCUGCAGGAGAAACACGAGAAGAUGAAGGAGCAUGAGAACGCCCCCCACUCCACCAGGGAGGAAGCUGAGGACAUGAACACCAGUACAGAGAGUCAUGGAGGACACCAGACAGAGGACGAGGAGGAACAGAGCAAGGCCAAGAAAAAGAUUGGAGGCGGUGGUCCGAAACAGAAGCAGGCGGAGCCUAAGGAAGACCCCGCCCCCAUGGGUCUGACCCCUGAGGAGCUGCAGCAGGAGCAGGAGAAGGUGCGCGAGCUGCAGGAGCGGAUCCAGAAGGCGGCCGCCUGCACGUACAUCCUCCCUCUGGGCCGCGACCGCCUCUACAGGCGCUACUGGCUCUUCCCCGGCGCCUCCGCCCUCUUCGUGGAGGACGACUUCCUGGGCCUGACCGAGGACAUGCUCCUGCCCCAGCCCAAACAGGAAGCCAAGACGGAGGACCAGGAAGGGGCCGACACCGCCGUGUCCAGCCCCGCCUCUGACCCGGGCUCUGACCCGGGCUCCGCCUCUGACCCGGGCUCCGCCCCAGCGCACGUCUGCGGCCUGCCCGUCAACCGGCCCAACCAGUGGGCGUUCUACAGCACGGUGGAGGAGGUGGACCGGCUGAUCACGGCGCUGAACCCCAGAGGGCACCGUGAGAACACGCUGAGGGAGGCUCUGCUGCUGGAGAGGGAACGCAUCGCUCAGCUGCUGUCUGGCUCCGCAGCCGACAGGUACAACCAUGCAGACAAGCCCCAGGAGGCAGGGAAAGCUGGAGGCAGUUCCUCCAGGACCAAGUCCUCCACAGCCGUCCCAGAAUCCUCUGCUCCGGCUGAGCGCUUCAUGGAGAACCGUCUGAGGGACCUGCUGCUGGACAUCGAGGACCGCAUCUACCAGGGAACCCUGGGGAACCUCAAGGUGAUGGAGAGGAGUGUGUGGAGGGCAGCUCUGGAGCAGGGCCAUUACGACCUGCUGACCUCAGACGGAAGGAAGGAGAACGGGCUGAAGGUGAAUGGAGAGGUGGAGGACAUGGAGGUGGACUGUCAGACCCACAGAGGAAGCACUAGAGACAGUUUCCCCUGUGUUGUGUUGAGCAGGCUGGCCGAGCUGAAGGCUGAGGGGGGAAGCGUGGCGACACCGGGGUGUUCCAGCGGGUCGGGGACCCCCCAGCCCGUCAACAACACGGUCCAUCUGCUGGCCCAGGCCCUGGUGCAGAUCGAACAGGGCAUGGAGAGGAAGUUUCUCAAGACACCUCUGGGGGAUGAAGACUCCAAGAAGGAUCAAAAGACUAAGAAGAAAGACAAGAAAAAAGAUGAGGACCAGUCUAGUGAUAAAGACGACGGCAGUGACAGCGGGCGUGUGUGUAAGACGGUGCUGGAGCGGUGGCGGGACUCUCUGCAGGCGUGCUCCAGCCUGUCCCAGGUGUUCCUCCACCUCUCCACCCUGGAGAGGAGCGUGCUGUGGGCCAAGUCCCUGCUCAACGCCCGCUGCAAGGUCUGCCGGCGCAAGGGAGACGCAGAGAACAUGCUGCUCUGCGACGGCUGCGACCGGGGACACCACAUCCACUGCAUCAGGCCCAAACUCAAGGCGGUCCCUGCUGAGGACUGGUUCUGUCCGGAGUGUCGACCCAAACAGCGGGCCAACCGCCUCACCUCGCGCCAGCGCUCGUCUGUGGACUCUGAGGAAGAGAUGGAGGAAGAGAGAGGCUCUGAGGAGGAGUCGGAAGAAGGCUCCGAAGAGGAGGAGUCGGAAGAGGAAGAGUCGGAGGAUGAUUCUGAAGAGGAGGAUGUAAAAGAGAGUGUGACUAAGAAGGGCCGGGCUGCCGUUAAGCUCCCCCCGCCCGCUAAAGGAGGCCGGUCCAACAACAAAACCACCAGCAAAAGCAGCUCCAGCCACUCUACCCCCCGCAGCCAGCAGACCACCCCCAGACAGGCCCCCUCCUCUGGGAGGGCGGCCUCUGGCUCGGCCUCCAGGGGCUCAGGGAAGAAGCCCACCCCCGUGUCCAACAGCAGAGCUCCUCCCAGGGCAGGAAGCCGCGCAAGCUCUCGCCUCAGCCAUGAAAUCCUGGCUCCAAACGGCAAGACCCCCUCACCUGCCUCAAAACGUCCCCUCGCAGAGGUCUCCAAGCCAAAGCCUGUCCUGCUGACGACCUCGUCCUCCUCCUCCAGCCGCCGCAGCUCUGGCAGGAACCACGGCGUGCACGAGCUGUCGGCCUGCGAGCAGCUGACCGUGGAGCUGGUCAGACACGAGGACAGCUGGCCCUUCAUGAAGCUGGUCUCCAGGACUCAGGUACCUGACUACUACGAUAUCAUCAAGAAGCCUAUUGCCCUGAGCACCAUUAGGGAGAAGGUCAACAACUGUGAAUACAAAACAUCUGCGGAGUACAUUGAUGACGUGGAGUUGAUGUUUGCCAACUGCCUGCAGUACAACCCUCGCCACACCAACGAGGCCAAGGCUGGGUCAAGGCUCCAGUAUUACUUCUACUCUGAGCUCCAGAAGCUGGGUCUGUCUGACAAGACGUCUACUCCUCCUCAGAAACGGCCCCGGAUGUAACAAACCGUCCCCUACACCACUAUCUGCCUGUCUACAACUGACAAGAUGUCCUUGAAGGUGCUUGGUGGAAAGUAGAGGCAGUUAAGUGAUGUUGAUAGAUCUGCACUAUAGGUCUAAGUACAUCAUAGCAUAUCAGGCAACAAGAUAAUUAUCACCAUGUUGCUUAUACCAGUCCAUUCCUCUCAGGUCUAGAGCCUAACCAGGCAGGGGCAAGGGAGGGAUUUGGAGUUUGUUUGUAAACAGACCGGAUUGAAGUUUCCUAGCACCAAACUGGAGUUUUUGAACAUUCCCAAAGCAAAAUGGCCACGUAAGACAGCACCACAUACCGUCAGAUGACAACACAGGUUUAACUUGAUGUGAAUCUACUUUGCACUGGAUAUUAUUUGAAAACAGUCGAUUUUAUUCAUUUUCACUCAGGGAAAACAAAUUGUGAUUUGAAAUUGAAAAUCAAAGUUUUUUUUUUACAACGGUGCAUUAUGUUUUGUAUUUUCUUGGCAGCAUUUCUAGACUACUGUUUUGAACACAUCUCUCAAGUGAAUGACCUCAACAACUUUGAUUAAUUAGGUAUUGCCACCUCAAGAUGACUGUUCUAAGUUAGUUUGUGCGUUUUCUCAGUUGUAACCUAGUAGAAAAAUGUCCCAGAAUGAACUGUCUCCAUCAAAGGAGGGGGGGGGGGGGGGCUUCAGUGACACUACACUGGAACAACCAUCAUUUAAUCCUUAUCAAAUGUUCCAUAAUCCCCAUUUUGUUUUUUUCUUAUUGGUUAUUUAUUUAGUUUGUGUGUGAGGAUGACCUGCUUUAUUUAUGAUUUUCUUUCAAAUAUAUAGACCAUGUUUAUGUAAAGAGUAAUUGACAUAGUUUUCUGUUGAGUUUUUAGGGUAGGGUUUAAUACUGAGUUUCCCCCUAAACUUUGUCUUUUGUAUUUGCUGUCUUGUACAUUUUUCUGUAUGUAAAAAUAAAUUGACUUUUGUUUAAUAGU